UCCAGCCGCCUUGCAGGCAGGAUGCAGACGCUGGGAAGAGCGAUGAGGAUGGAGGCCCGCGAGGCAGCGCCGCCGGCGGGGGCGGGCGGCUGGAGCAAGUGGGUGAGGCUCAACGUGGGGGGCACGGUGUUCCUGACCACCCGGCAAACGCUGUGCCGCGAGCAGAAGUCCUUCCUCAGCCGCCUGUGCCAGGGGGAAGAGCUGCAGUCUGACCGGGAUGAGACCGGGGCCUACCUCAUCGACCGUGACCCCACCUACUUCGGGCCCAUCCUCAACUUCCUCCGGCAUGGCAAGCUGGUGCUGGACAAGGACAUGGCUGAGGAGGGGGUCCUGGAGGAAGCGGAGUUCUACAACAUCGGCCCGCUGAUCCGGAUCAUCAAAGACCGGAUGGAGGAGAAGGAUUAUACCGUCACACAGGUCCCACCCAAGCACGUGUACCGCGUGCUGCAGUGCCAGGAGGAGGAGCUCACGCAGAUGGUCUCCACCAUGUCCGACGGCUGGCGCUUCGAGCAGCUGGUGAGCAUCGGCUCCUCCUACAACUACGGCAGCGAGGACCAGGCAGAGUUCCUGUGCGUGGUGUCCAAGGAGCUCUAUAGCUCCCCGCACGGACUGAGCUCCGAGUCCAGCCGCAAAACCAAGUGCGCGGAGGAGCAGCUGGAGGAGCGGCAGCGGCAGGAGGUGGAGGUGGCACAGGUGCAGGUGGAGGUGGAGGCAGAUACGCAGCAGAAAGCCCAGUCAUCUCAGGAUCCCGCUAACCUUUCCUCCCUCUCACCACCGCCUCCUCCUCCUCCGCUUCCCGCCGGAGGUUCCCGUCUGCGCCCCCUCAGACCUGAGGCUGCGCUUGCGGUGAGGGCUUCUCCUGGGCCCCUCGCCCGCCCCCAGAGCUGCCACGCCUGGUUUGUAGCUUGGCAGAGCUGGAGGCAGGGGCGGAAGCCAGGAGGGUGCUCAUCUCUUGUAUUUUUGGACUUGAGCCGAACUUCCGGCUGAUUUUCUCCCCUCCCCCAAGUCUCUCAGCCUAUCUUGGCCUUGGGGAUGAGGCUCUGAGAUGAGACAAAAGGGGGAGGAAAUUCUUUCCCACCUGCCCAGCAGCAUCAGAGCCACACUGGGAAGGAGGGAAGGGAAGCGGAAGCCAGGUGCCCUGACCUCAUCCCUGCAUCACAGCCUCGAGGCACUGGGUUCCCUGUUGCUGCGGGGGUGGGAAGGACAGGCCACACUUGGAUUCCCUCGGCCUAGGAGGAGGCAGCCGGAGCUGGCUGAGGAUUGGGCUGUGGCAGAAAUAGCCCUGGCCAGGUGCCCACAAGCCCCCACUCAGUCUUAUCUGCCUGCUCUCUGACCUUGGGCAAGUCACUGUCCCUCUCUGGGCCACAGUUGCCUCAAACAUGGGGACGGACAGCUGCUCUCUGUGACCUUCUGCCUGAGACAGUGGUGACCAGCCUCUGGGCCUCGACCCCCUGGCCAGAGCCUUGGCAGGAUGUGGCCUCCUAGGCAGCCAACCCCCGGCCCAAGGUGGGGCAUGGGGCCCCCGAAUGGGCGAGCUGGGUCCUCUCCCCGCUUCCCCUCCUGCUCAGCUCUGAAUACACUUUUUCUGGGCCUCAGCCCCCCUCCUUCCUCCCAGAAAGGACCUCGUGACUCACCUGACUCUUUCUCUCUCCCUCUCUCCCCACCCCUCCCUCCCUCCAUUCCAAUCUCCUCUCCACCCUGCUCCUGGCCCUGCACUACCCCUUCCUCACCGGCCUCACCCUCUCAUCCUCCUCCCGGUGUUUUGACCACUCCCCACCCCGUCUCCCUGCCCCCUCUUAUUUUCUAGCUGUUACAAGCCAGAGGCACCCGGAUGUGAGGCCCUGGAUCGCCUCCAGGGACUUGGGGUUCCGUUCUGAAAUCCUUUAUUUUUGUACCACGGGGUGGGCCCCCAGCCCGAGGCGGAGGAAGAGCUCUCCCCGCUGUCACCUCUGUCUACACCUGCGGGGCUAUGAUUCACCCCUGCCUCCGGGGGCCGGGUGGGGGCCCACUGGGACCUCGCAAGGCCUGAUGUGGGCCCUGGGACCCCUGGGCGGAGCCGCCUGCGGGUGGUCAAACUGUGGCGCUGUCCAGCUGUGUCUCCCAGGCCCCUACGUCCCCUCCCUCAGGUCCCCCCGCUGCAUGGCAGAUGCGCUCCCCCCGCAGCCCAGUCCCAUCACCUCCUUUGGUCUCCCUGUCUGUCACAUGGGUUCACGUCCUGCCCUACCUACCUCAGGUUUGCUGUGAUUUUAACGAGAGGAGCAAAGGUCCCCGAAAGCCCUCGGGGGGGGCACAAGGCGCAGACUCGGACCUGCCCGGCCCAGGGAGAUGGAGGGACUGGUGGGCGAUGAAGGGCGUGGCGUUAGCGCUGUUGAAGCAGGGGAUGGGUGACUCGGCCUUCACCUUGCCUGCUCCCCGCGCCCCUGCUGUCUGUACUGCCGGCCGCACAGUGCCCUGGCCAGGAGGAAGGGAGGCAUUGGUUCAGCAGGGGCAGCGGGGCCGCUCAGGAGCUGGUGACAAGGGAAAGGGAGAGUCUGGGGUGGCAGGCGCUGAGCAAGGGGCCCUCCUGCAUUUACGGCCUCCCCAGCUGGAUGCUUGCUCCCCAGCGGUGUCCAACACCACCGCGUAAUAAAACCUGCAGAAACAGCCA